UAUUAUACGAAAAUUUAAACAACUAACAAGUGAUCUCAAAAUAUUUAUUUUGGACGGGAUUUUUUGCAAUAUUAAUUUUUUUUUUAAUUAAAAUUUUUUAUUUAAAUUUUACAAUUCUUUCAACAUCAAAUAAAAAUUUAGAAUUAGAUAAUAGUAUAUCAAUGGAAUCAACAACAAACGGUACCACAUUAGAUCCCAAUUUAUACAAUGCUGAUGAAUUGGUGCCUCCAAAAUGGAUUAAUGGUGAAUUUUUUGAAAGUGUUCUAAAAACAGCUAAAAAAGGUGACAUUAAAAAAAUAUUGAAUUUUAACAUUACCCCAGCAUCAGCUAAAGGUGAUCACUAUGCUAGUAUUAUGUUCCGUACUAUUGUACAAUAUUUAGAUAAAUCAGAUAUUCAACAAGAAAUAUCACUAAUAGUUAAGACAAUGCCAGAAGAGGAAGGUACUAAAAAAGACUUUUUAAGUGAUGCACCUAUAUUUCAAGUAGAAAUUCAAAUGUUUGAUGAAAUACUUCCGAAAUUUGAAGAAAUGUUAAGAUCAGUUGGUGAUAAUACCAUUUUAUCAGCAAAGAUGCUGUAUCAUACAUUAAAUCCACGAAAAGUAAUUGUACUAGAGGAUAUUACAAAAAAAGGAUUUUCAGCAAUUGGUAAAAGAAUGUGUACAAUUGAAGAAGCCAAAAUGGCAUUAGAAAAAUUAGCAAAAUGGCAUGCAUGCAGUUAUGUUCUUAAUGAAGAGACAAAUGGCAGUUUAGAAAAAUUAACAAAUGGAAUUUAUAAUAUGAGUGGUUUAAAAACAGAUUGGUUUACAAAAGGUGUUGAAAGAGUAGCACAAUUAGCCCAUGAAACACCAAAACUACAUAAAUAUGCUGAAAAAUUAGAUCAAGUUAAACAUUUGAUAAUGCCAAAAUGUUAUAAAACUUAUGAAAUAUCAAAGGAUAAAAUAAAUAUAAAUGUUUUAACACAUGGUGAUUUUCAUGCAAAAAAUUUAAUGUUUAAAAUAAAUCCAAAGACACAAUUAAGUGAAGAAGUUAUGUUGAUUGAUUUUCAACUUUCUGUAUGGUGUUCAAUGGUCACAGAUCUAUUAUAUUUUAUAUAUUUGACAAUUGAAUUAGAAUCAAGAGAAAAAUAUUUUGAAGAAUUAAUUUAUUAUUUCUUUAGUAUAUUUCGUGAUACAUUAAAAUUAUUAAAUUAUAAAGGAAAAAUACCAACAUUUUCUGAUCUUCAUACUGAUAUGUUAACUUUAUGUCAUGUGGAAAUUUAUUUAGCUACAACUCUUUUACCAUUUAUGGUAAGUUUACUUGAGAAUCCACAAAAAGAACCAAAUGAUAUUCUAUCAUAUGUCGAUAAACAAUAUGAAUGUUAUCAAUCACAAAUGUAUAUUGAUCAAAUACAACCAAUAUUGGAACGACUUUUGAAUCGUGGCUAUUUUGACAAUGUAAUUGACUAUAAAGAUGAGGAAUAGAAUAAAGUGUUACUAUGGAAAACUAUAACGCAUUUAGCAUAGUUAAUUAAAAAGUGUUAAAUGGUUAUGAUUUAUGAACAAUAUAACAUCAAUUUUAUUUUAUAGACUUUAAUAGUGCAAUUUUUUUCAUUAAAAUUAUAAAAUUAAAUUAGUUUUUAUAAUUUUAAUUUGUUUUUAUAAUUUUGUAUUAAUGUUGUUUAAUAUUUUUUAAUAAAAUUUGGAAAUUUUGUAAAUGAA